UGGUUAGACUUCUGGCUCCUUUAGUGGGCAAAAGACAAGGCUUGAAAAACUGUUAAGCAUGAAUCUUUUGUUUGUAAAGUAGGAGAACAACUGCAUAGUUAACAUUAAAUAAAAAUACAUUACAAAUAUAAAACAUAAAAUACAUAAUAAAUAUAAGAUAAAGGUAUAAGAUAAAAUUGUGACUGAAAUGCUGAAUCAAUUUACAAAUAAAAUCAUUGAUUACAUUAAGGCAAAUAAUUAUUUCCCAUUUAUCGGUUGCAUUCUUGCAUGCUCAUAGUACAUAAUUGCAUGCAUUCUCUGAUAGACUUUGCUGUUGCCACACUUAACAUGGCUACUUACCUACGCCGAAAACGAGUGGCGCGUCGAUUAAACUGGUGCAUGCGCAAUACCCCGGCCCGGGUCCCCGAUACAAGAUGGCGGAGACGGUGGGGAGGGAGAGGCGGAGGCGGGUCUGGAUUGAAUAGAGUAAAGCCUGUACCGGAUUCCCAACAAACCUCUCAAAGGACAGAUGAGGAGAAAUGACAACUGAAAACCACGGCACUCUGAAAGGAGACUCGGCGCUGAUGAUGUCUCCGUCUGGCUCUUCCUCGCAAGGGCAUCCUCACCUGCCCUCCACCAGCAAGCCCGUGCAAGAGCUCCCAGAUGAGCUCAUCCAGGCUGGCUGGUCCAAGUGCUGGAGCAAGCGUGAGAAUCGACCGUACUACUUCAACCGCUUCACCAACCAGUCCCUGUGGGAGAUGCCUGUGCUGGGGCAGCAUGAUGUCAUUUCUGACCCGCUGGGUCUGAAUGCUGCUCCAGCCUCUGGGGAAGUGGUGGCGGAUCCUGGGCUUGGGAAUGGACAGCGCAAGAGACGUUUAUCGGAGGAGACUCCCCAGGGAAACCCUAAUAGUUUCAAAAGGCCUCGGGUUGAUGUUCCCGUCACUCCGACAACCCCCACGGUCCCCAUUUCCCCCAGUACUCCUGGGGCUAAGCCAUGGAGCUCAACAGCGGAAGACAAACAGAUGCCCGUCCUGCCCCCGCCCGCACCUUACCGUCCGACGGCAGUGUACUGGGACCUGGACGUGCAGACCAACGCCGUGAUCCGAGAGAGGGCUCCCGCCGAUUACCUGCCUCCCCACCCGGAGAUGGAGCUUCAAAGGGCACAACUGACCACCAAGCUCCGGCAGCACUACCAUGAGCUCUGCAGCCAGCGGGAGGGGAUCGAGCCCCCGAGAGAGUCGUUCAACCGCUGGCUGCUUGAGCGGAAGGUGGUGGAUAAGGGCCCGGACCCCCUGCUGCCCAGUGAAUGUGACCCCGUCAUUUCCCCGUCCAUGUUUCGUGAGGUCAUGAAUGACAUCCCCAUCAGGUUAUCUCGCAUUAAGUACAAGGAGGAAGCUCGAAAGCUGUUGCUGAAGUAUGCAGAGGCUGCGAAAAAAAUGAUUGAAUCAAGAAAUGCCACACCAGACAGCAGGAAGGUGGUCAAGUGGAACGUGGAGGACACCAUCAACUGGCUGAGGAAAGACCACUCUGCCAGCAAGGAGGACUACAUGGACCGUCUAGAGCACUUACGCAAACAGUGUGGCCCUCAUGUGGCCGCCGUUGCCAAGGAUUCGAUAGAAGGCAUCUGUACAAAGAUCUAUCACAUCUCCACAGAGUAUGUACGCCGCAUUCGGCAGUCACAUCAGGCCCUGUUGAAAGACUGCAACAUCACCGUAGAUGGAGUGGAAGCCCAGGAGGUGCAGGACAGACUUGUGUACUGCUAUCCCGUCCGACUCGCCCUGCCCUCGCCCCCGCAACCUCGUGUCGAGCUGCACUUUGAAAAUGACGUCGCCUGUCUGCGUUUCAAAGGCGAGAUGGUCAAGGUCAACCGGAACUACUUCAAUAAACUGGAGCUUCUAUACCGGUACAGUUGCAUUGAUGAUCAAAGGUUUGAGAAGUUCCUCUCACGAGUGUGGUGCCUUAUCAAGAGAUACCAGGUGAUGUUUGGCUCCGGCGUGCACGAGGGGACAGGCUUGCAGGGGGCCCUGCCUGUACCGGUGUUCGAAGCUCUGAACAAACAGUUCGGGGUCAGCUUUGAGUGUUUUGCAUCGCCACUCAACUGUUACUUCAAGCAGUUCUGCUCCGCUUCCCCGGACAUUGAUGGCUUCUUCGGCUCACGAGGGCCCUUUCUGAGCUUCUCACCUGUCAGUGGCUCCUUCGAGGCCAACCCACCUUUCUGUGAGGAGCUGAUGGAUGCCAUGGUAACCCACUUUGAGAAGCUCCUGGAGCGCUCAAGUGAGCCCCUGUCCUUCAUCAUCUUCAUCCCAGAGUGGCGCGACCCCCCCACCCCCGCUCUGACGCGCAUGGAGGCCAGCCGCUUCCGCCGGCACCAGUUUACUGUGCAGGCUUUCGAGCACGAGUACCGUAGCGGCUCACAGCACAUCUGCAAGAGAGAGGAGCUGUACUACAAGGCAGUCCACAGUACGGCGAUCAUCUUCCUCCAGAACGCCGCCGGCUUCGCCAAGUGGGAGCCCACCGCUGAGCGCAUCCAGGAGCUGCAAGCCGCCUACCGCGUCUCCGGCCGCUCCCUGGCCUCCCCGGGGCCCUCGACCGGCUCUGCCACGGGCGACAGAGAUUCCAAAAUGAGACCGGUGGGGACGCUGGACUCCCCAGGAAGUCAGGACAGUUCCAGCCAAACGGAGAAAAGCACCCCGGACACUGGGAGCGUCUAGGCCACACACGGGCAGAGGGAGUGCUCUGAGCUUAGGCUAGCUAGGGAAGCUGUCGGAUGGUUCUGGGGUCUGAACCCAGACAGGAUGGCAUUGCAAGGUGCCUGCAUCUGUUUACUCUCUUUGCCUGGACUAUUAUUUAAUAUUAGUUUAACUAAGUUGUCGUUCCUGUUGUUAUUGUUGUCGUCGUCGUUGUUUUUAUAAUUGUAGUAAUAAUAGUAGUAUUAGUAGCUAUUUUUUUAUCAUUGUCGUUAUUAAUCUGGUAAUUCUGUCAGUUGUUUAUCGGCCUUUUAAACUAGUGCUAUGAUAUCUGGCAGUGCUCUCUGGUCAGAUUAAACAAAAAAAAAUUGGGAGUUAAACCUGGUUGCUGGGAGAGAAUCCAGUUAGGGGUGAGUUGGCAAUCUUGUUCAGCUUCUCUUUUGCCUUUGUCCCAUUUUUAAGCUUUCUUUCCCCAGCAGGGCCCCCCCCCCUCACUGGUCCUCUAUAGCAAUAAUCCAGAUAUUACCCAAGAGGGAGAGAAUCCCUGGUCCUUCAGGGGUUGGGGGUGUGCUGGUUUUUUGGCUUAAUCCUAGAUCUUAAGAGUAACUCGAGUAGGGGGGAGGGGAGGGGGGUUUCUGGAGAUGUAAGCCGGUUACCAAUUUAAAAGAAGCCUGCAUUAUCCCACAGCUCUCUACAGACCUGGGUUGUCCAGCCCUAUUUCACAUAAUUAGGUAUUUCUUGUGGAUUACUCACCUGUUGUUCUCUGUCAAAUGAAAAAUUCCCAUACUGAGAGUUUGUGUAACUGAUCUUUAUGUCCAAAUUUCUGGCCCAUUUAUUCGAAUUCACCUUUCACAAAAUGUAUUCGUCAAAAUGAUUGUCACAUAGAGUGACGUUUUAACCUCUUCAGCUGACAGGUGCAAAAUCCUCCCCGAUGAGGGUCAAACACAUCUGUGCUCUUCAGGACCAGAGCUGGCAGUGGACGUGCCAUUGGAAAUGGUGGGGGUUCAUGUUUUAGGCAGCUAUGUUUUCCUUUUCUUUUCAUUUUAAAACCCCCUCAAGUUCCCUCUUUAUGGUAGAGUAGAAAAGGCAAAAGACAUGUUACUUGCCUCUUCAAGGGUUCGGUAUAAUUGUAUGACCUGCAGUGACAUGGCCCCAGACUUUUGCAGUUUACGCGAAAUCGGGUUGGAUUAGGGAGAAGACAAAGGCGUUGGCAUUGCUGACAUGUUUUGAAAUAGAUGGCUUUUUAUUUUAAUUUUUUUUUUCCAUACAUUCAUGUGUCUGUAGUUACAGUUUAAAAUUACACUAAGCAUUAAGUCCCACAACAGCAAGAUAAUGUAAACUGAAUGCCUUUCCCUUUGCUUUGUGUUGGUGUUAUUCAUUGAAAUUCAGCUAAAUGAGAUGAUUUUCAUUAUGAAACACUGAGCUAAGAGUGGCCCCAUUUGUAGUUCACCACUUUAAAAUGCCACACAUAUCUGGCAUUUUCACAAUGCCUUCCUAGUACCCUGGGUUGGCAAAAUUGCAAAUUACAGUGUCUACUUAACUUUGGUUGGAAUAGUACUCUGAGAGGGAUUCUCUUUGGGCUUCUACACUAUUUACUUACCCCCAAACUAGUUUGUCUGGAAACAGGUAAAAAAUGCUGGUUUCAUAAUAAGUAUGGAAGGUUAAAUGCUCAUAUGCCUUAAAUUAAGAAUGGAUUGUAUCUCCAAAAUUAUUUGAAGUAGGAGAUUAGCUUGCAUCCUUUUAUGAUUACUGUAAAUGACCCAUAAUAUGGCAUAAGAACCAAAUGCAAAUUUUGUUCUUUUUUUUGAGUACUACACACUUCUUUUCAUUUUGUAUAAAUGUUUACAAAGGCACGAGAUUAUCACUGGGCAGCAUUAUGAAUGUAAAUUUUUAAAUAUUUGGUGUUUUUUCAUUGGAAGGCUUUUAUUUUGUAAUGGGCAACCUUGCUACGGUCGACAUGUUAGAAUCAUUAAUUGAGUCGUUUCAGGGCUCGCCUGGUAUAUUGUAGAAUAAUUGAUUUGUGGGGGGGGGGGUGUCAGUUGUGGCAAAAAAAAAUGGAUUUAGAAUGGUGUCGGCAAAUAUACUUGGAAUUCAUUUAGUAUUCAAAUGGAUCAGUUUCAAGGAGGGGGAAAAGCAAUGGGAAAGGCUUACAUUUGUUAAUGCUGUUGGAAUGACACGUCAUCAUGGUGGGCAUUUUGAUUAUAAGCUUGUAUUCCUCAUGUAUGUGCGCCGUGGUGCCCUGUUUGAGCUGGGCCUCAUCCCAACCAUGCAUCAUUCACUGCAGCUACAAGCACCAGACAGCUGUCCUCCCAGUGUAUAUCGCUGUCACCAGCAAAGUCCUGUAGAUACUGUACAGAAUAACUUCCCCCUCUUUGCUACAGUUUUACCAAAAUGUGUAGAAGAUAAAUUUGCUGUUCCACUGUUUUUUUUUUUUCCCAGAAUUUCACAUUUGUGUUAAUUUUACAAAAGCAAAUUUUGAGUUAUACAAUUUAUGAAAUAGAAAAUGUUUUAAACCAAAGUGUUACGUGGAAAAAAAAAUCUAUGUGUAAAAGUAUAAUUGUUUAUGAAUGCAAGAAUACACAGGUGUAACCAGCAAAAAAUACCCCUGUAGUUUAUUUUUAUAAUUUUUUUGUUCUGGUGGAAAUAUGGAUGUUUUCUUUGGGAUUUAUUUUGCAUGAUCAGAUAUUUUUCACUUACAAAUAUAAAUAUAUGAGAUUUAUCUUCAUAUAAAUUUAGUUUUUAGGGUCUAUGUACAUGUUAAUUUUUAUCAUAUAUUGUCUUCAUCUUUUUUUAAUGUGUGAUAACGUGUAUAUAUAAAGUUUAAGGUUUGAGAUUCCAUUAUUUAUCACUGUCCACUUCCCCUUAAGGUGUUAUAUUGUAGAUAAUCUAAUUGCCAUAUCUUUUUUUAUGUGCAACCAACGAGCAGAGCUGGUGAAAAGAAAUAUGUAUAUGCAUAUUAAUCCAUUCUACCCAGUCUCCGACAAUAGAUUAUCAGUGUUGUGCAGUUAUUUCGCUUUACACCAUUAAAAACAUGUUGGACCACAUUUGCUCCACGUGAAAUAUGUCAUCUAUAGACCCUUAGUGUAAGCUAAUUUUGUUAAUGCACAUAAGUAAUUUAAAUUAGCUCUCCCAGACACUGCCUUAAUUUAUGUUUGUGUGUGUCAGUUUUCAGAUCUGCUGACUUGCGGUAAAUGGCAUUUAUAGCAUCCUGCAGUACAUUACGCAUUUUGAUAAUUUUUUGUUAAUGCUCCUCAGUACACACAAAUUACGGAUUUCAAAUCUCCCUACACAACUUAUAUCUCUAGUUGGCAGCACUGUGUUGUACUGUUAUAGAUGUGUUUUGAAAUAAUACUGAAUAAGACAGUGGAAAUGUGAUUGGUUUCAGUUUUUCUACUAUCUACAGGAAGGGUUGGUUGUGCAUUGUAAAAUAAAAGGUAACUGCUUUUCCACAUUAAUAAACCAGCAACAUCUUGACAUAAAACAACCAUUAAAACAAUCCUAAUGA